AUGGCGCAAGAUGUCUCACAGACAGCAUCCAACAAUAUACAAUCUUCAUCGGCGACAACUACGACCUCGGAAGCAGUAGAAUCGUCGACUGCAACACCGACAUCGUCGGGUGAACCGACAAUCCACUCGGUCAAAGCUGGCGCCGGAGGCUUCAAAUUCACACCGCAAGAACUUCAUAAUGUCUCCGUGGGCGACAUCGUCCAAUGGGAGUUUUAUCCACCGGAUCAUUCGGUCCUCACAUACUUCAAUGUUACGAUCAACUCGACAGAACCCAUCUUCUUCUAUUGUGCAGCACCGAACUCGUGCCUGGGCGAACACAUGGUCGGAGUCAUCAACCCGAACUCUACGCAAACACUGGCAUCGCAAGUUCAGGCGGCUGCCGCAGCAGACUUUCAACUAGAGCCUGGCGAACCAGUUCCUGGUGAGGCAUCAUCGACGCUGUCUAAUACUCCCACGUCAACGGGAGCACCGCCACCGUCUAACGGGGGAGGUCAUGGUGGCGGUCAUAGCCUGUCCACUGGUGCCAUCGUUGGCAUAGUAAUUGGUGGCGUGGCUUUCCUGGCAAUCUGUGCCGCUCUCUUCUUCUUCGUAGGCCGAUCCAAGUCGUUGAAGGAGGUUAUCAAACAGCGAGACGGUACGAAUACCCACGACCCACACAUGAGCCAACAGUACGGUCGCUCGGACUACGGUCAUGGAGGACUUCCAUCGCCAGGGUUUCAAUCACCAGCUCCUGGCUAUGCUACUCCACCGCCAGGACACUACCCAGACUAUGGCUUCAACUCGCCCCCAGGAUACGGUCAGCACAAUGUAGGAGAGCAGUACCCGUCUGGUUGGACCAGUCCCGGGCCCCAACAAGGCCAUAUGAGUAUGAUGAGCAAUGUCAGUGGGUUGUCGCAGCAACAGAUCGACCAACUAAAGCAUGCACAGAUGAACGGGCAACCUGCCGUAGCAGAGUUGCAUAGUCCACCGCUGGAGCAGCAGUCCUUCUCGGCAGAGUUGGACGCAUCUGGACGCAAUAAGCCAAAAUGA